UGCGAGGCUGGAGGCGCAUUGGUCGCGCGUUGCGACCCCGCAGCCAGCCAGGGUUUGCAUUACUCUAAUCACUCCUUAUCGUGCCUCUCCAAACGAGCGUGUGCCGCGCGGCGCUCCGACGACGCGCAGAAAAAGCCAGCCACACCUGGACAGGUCCUAGCUGCUUCCUGCCGCCGUCGCCAGUCGAUCUGUGUGUCGUUACGCCAUCGAGCAGAACGCAGCCGGACAAACAACCAUGCCCGUCCGCGUCGUCCCCGUCCCAGCCCUCGAGGACAAUUAUAUGUACGUCGUCAUCGACGAGGAAACGAAGCAGUGUGGAGUAAUUGACCCCGUCGACGCGGCCGCAAUACAAACCGCGGCCGAGCGCGAGGGCGCGACGAUCACGGCCAUCCUCACGACGCACUCGCACUGGGACCACGCCGGCGGCAACGUCGAGCUUAAAAAAAGGUGCGCGUCGGUCGAGGUCGUGUACGGCGGCGUGGGUGACGGCGUCGCCGGCUGCACGAAGGAACUGGGAGACGGCGACACGUUCGCCCUGGGCAACUCGACGGUGCAAGUAAUCUCGACGCCAUGCCACACGGCGGGCCACAUUUGCUACUUGGUCGACGGGAACGUCUUCACCGGCGACACGAUGUUCGUCUCAGGCUGCGGCAACUUCAAUAGCGGCACGCCGGCGCAGAUGGCUCAGGCUUUUCAGAAGCUCCUGGCCUUACCGGACGAAACGAAGGUCUGGGUCGGCCACGAGUACACCUGCAAGAACUGUAGGUUCGCUUUGUUCGCGGAUCCGGAUAACGAGGAGAUCCAGCGAAGGUUAAAAUGGGCCGAGUCGUGCCACUCGUGGACCGUGCCCUCGACCAUUGGGGAUGAAAAGCGCUGCAACCCCUUCGCGCGCCUCGGUAGUUUGCCAAUGUUCGACAACGAGCCGGGCGGUCCGGCCGAGCGCAUGCGCCUCGUGCGCAAGGCCAAGGACGACUGGGGCCGGCGGUAAUUUACAUGUGUACUAACAGUGCCCGGUUAAGCAGGG